GUUGAAACAAACCGAGGUUAAGAAAGAAAAAGAAAGAAAAAAGAAUAAAAAGGUGAGCCCCACCCCCCAGCCACGUCUCACCGACUCCCUUACCACUGCCUGCGUACCCAGUGAAUAAGCAUCGCCAAUCACACCACACAUAAUGGAUUCACGCAUUGUUGGGAUCCUCGGGGGUGGCCAGCUUGGUCGAAUGCUAGUUGAGGCAGCUCACCGCCUCAACCUCCAAACAGUUAUUCUAGAUGCUCCCAAAUCACCCGCAAAGCAAAUCAACGCUCUCCACGCACAUAUAGACGGCUCAUUUUCCGACCCCAAAGCUAUUCUGAAAUUGGCUAAGGAAUGUGACGUUUUAACUGUCGAGAUUGAGCAUGUGGACACUAGGGUCCUGGAAGAACUGGAAGCAGCUUCCACGGUAGAGGUCCAUCCUUCGUGGAAAACAAUCCGCACCAUUCAGGACAAAUAUGUGCAGAAAUCUCAUCUAGCUUCCAGCGGUGUAGCUACAGCCGAAUCCUUAUCAGUCGAAUCAAACACUUCAGCUCAUUUGGAAGAUAUUGGCAGGAGAUUUGGUUAUCCUUAUAUGCUCAAAUCACGAACGCUGGGCUACGACGGGCGAGGGAAUUACGUGGUCGCUGGUCCAGAGUCAAUUUCAGAUGCAUUGGAGGCAUUGAAGGACAGACCGCUAUAUGCUGAGAAGUGGGCAUCGUUCUCCAAAGAGCUCGCGGUGAUGGUGGUCAGGAGAAUGGAUGGCAUGUGCAUCAGCUAUCCAGCUGUAGAGACUGUCCAUGAAGAGAACGUUUGCAAACUUGUAUAUGCGCCAGCGCGGGUCUCUGGGGCGAUUCAGGAGAAGGCAAGAAAACUCGCCGAAAAGGCCGUAGGAAGCCUUUGGGGUGCUGGUGUCUUUGGCGCCGAGAUCUUCUUGCUAGAAAAUGGAGAACUUCUUAUCAACGAGAUCGCCCCUCGACCACACAACUCGGGCCAUUAUACCAUCGAAGCAUGCCCCACCUCGCAGUAUGAAGCUCACCUUCGCGCUAUCCUUGAUCUACCUCUUCACGCCCACUCAACCUCUCUAGCUACACCCUCAACACAUGCCAUAAUGCUCAAUCUCCUUGGCCCUUCCUAUGACACCGUUGCCUACAAGGCUCUGGAGGUUAAAGGAGCGACCACCCACCUAUAUGGAAAGCGUGAGGCCAAAAGAGGUCGAAAGAUGGGGCACAAGCUGAGUAUCAGAUUCAACCGCUUAUUAAUGCAGCAGACGCAGACAAGAUGA